AUGCCGAGUCCAAAGGGACCGUUCUCAAACUGGCAGGAACACUCCACCGUUGAGCGGAAUUCCGCCGACAGCCAUGGCUGGCUGAGUGGAGCUAUCCGAGCGAUGUCGGCAAACCGGCCAACUAGGCGCAGGGACCACCGCAAGGCGGGUGGAUUUCAGAGAGAAGAAACCACCCGCGAGCACGAAAAUAUUCGGAAGGUUGAAUGCUCACCCGCAAACGGAUCUAUCGUCCCGACCGAUCCUUUCGAAAUGGAUGAUCAGGUGAAUCGGACUUGA